AUGGGAUCAUCGGCCUAUUCACCUUUGGACCGGUUCAUCCGCGCAAAUCCACACAGGAAGAUUGGAAUCAGGAGGAGGAAUCCUCAAAGGCCAUGCAGUGCUGAAAACGAGCCAGAAGUGCCUCAGUUGCGUUGGCUUUCUGUAAAAAUUAUUGGCAUGAGAAAUCUCCGCAAAGCAGAUCUGUGGAGCCAAACUGAUUGCUAUGUCAAGCUGUGGCUGCCAACAGCUUCACGUCAGGAAGCCAAGACAAGAACUGUACACAACUGCAGAAACCCUGUCUGGAAGGAAACUUUCCACUUCGUGAUACAGAGUGAAGUAAAGAACAUCCUGGAGCUGACAGUCUGCGAUGAGGACACUUUCACACCAGAUGACCAUCUCAUGACCGUUCGCUUUGAUGUGGCUAAAAUCCAACCUGGAGAAAAAGUUCGCUUGAGUUUUGAGUUGAAUCCAGAGCCCGGCUCAGGUAGAAGGGAAAUGGAUGUAAGUAGUCCCCUGGCUGUGCCUCUCCAUUCUCUGGACUUGGGAAAGAAAGUGACAGUGAUGACAGGGGAAUCUUAUGAGGUGUCUGUGAAUGAGGAAAAUAGUUGCAAGGAUUUGGAUUUGAGGCUGGGGUUUGGUCUCUGCGUGGAGGAGCAGGAUUUCAUCUGUAAAAGGAAGAAGGUGGUUGCUGCUGCUCUGAAAAAUCUUCUUCAUCUGGAUGAAGACCUACAGGAGGAUGAGGUGCCCGUGGUGGCAGUGGUGACGGCAGCAGGGGGAGUGAGAUCCAUGACAGCAAUGUUUGGCAGCCUCCUGGCUCUCCAGGAGCUGGGUGUUUUGGACUGUGUGUCGUACAUCAGUGGUUUAUCUGCCACAACAUGGACCAUGUCAAAGUUAUAUGAAGAUGCAAAUUGGUCACAAAAGGAUCUCAAAGGGCCAGUUGAUGAUAUCAGGAAACAUGUGACCAAAAGCAAGCUGCACUGUUUCUCUUUGGAUCAUAUGAAAUACUAUGAAAAUGAGCUUUGUGAGAGAAAGCAAGAGGGGCACAAGGUGUCCUUUACAGAUUUAUGGGGACUCUUCAUUGAUUGUAUGCUACAUCAUCAGGGAAGUACUCACAAGCUCUCCGAUCAACAACUAGCAGUCAAUCAGGGGCAGAAUCCACUCCCCAUAUACCUGUCCCUCAAUGUCAAGGAUGACUUUAGCACUUUGGAUUUUAAAGGUAUAGAUUAUCAUACACCCUCUUAUAACUCUGAAGAGUUUCCUUCUAAGGCUGAUUGAAUGCCAAAACUUUUUCCUGUAAGUGCAAGCCAAAAAAAUCCUUUAAAUAAUUUCUUUUCCUCUGUCUUCUGUGGAAGGGAGAUACCUGUGCUGUAGGCACUGCUCAGUGGGGGCAUGGAGAUGCUUUCUGCUGGCAGCCUUGAGAGCCACAACUGCUGCUCUUUUCUCUGUCAUCCCCACCUAUCCCCCACAGCCCCUUUCAGCUGCUGGGUCUUUUGCUGAGGCUGUGAAGAGUAGGGAGGAGAAAGGAGAAGGUGAGAGCAGG